AUGGAGGACGCGCUAGUGUCGUAUCCCUUUGCCCUGGGUCCCGAGAGUCCAAGGAAGGAUAUUCCCGUGUCCUUUCGCCCGUCUUCUCUGCUGGGUUUCAUGAACCGACCGGGCUCAUAUCCCUAUCCGUCUUCAUCGUCUUCAUCCCGCGAAGUACCGGGCUCAGCUGGCAAAGUUGCUAUUCCCCGCAUAACGUGCGCCAGCAGCCAGUCGCAAGUCCGGCGGUGCACAAAAGCCUGUGGACCAUGUCAACAGCGGAAGACCAAAUGUGACGGGAACAAACCGGUCUGCCGGCCGUGUGUAGACCACAAUGUCAGCUGUUUCUAUACAGAUGUUAAGCGGGUCCGCGACCGCAAGCAGCUAUCGGUUCUGCAGCGGAAGGUCGAGCAAUAUGAGCGGCUGUUACAUGAUUUGGAGGAGGUCGACGGGGAUGUGGCUAGGCGUAUUCGAACAGCUCUCAGGGGUUCCGAUACAACGUCUGCUACUACCGAUAAGGACGGCGGUUUCGACUCAGCGAACUCCUCAAUGGGCGAGAAGUCAGUCGCUACCGGAUUCUUUGGAAAGAACUCGGAGGUAGCGUGGAUGCAGAGGCUUGAAGACGAAGCAAAGAAUCAAAGCUGGAGGAAAGAGGAAAAACUGGAUUCCGAGGCCAGGGAGACUGCCAGGAUCCGACUGCCACUUUCAUGCUCGCAGAAUCAGGGAACAGAAAUAUCAGCGAUUAGUUUUUACUUGGACGAUAUCAGUCUUCCGUUGUUGGAAUCGGUUGAUCCGUACGGACUUCCCUCGAAGGGUCUCGCCAACCAGUUUUUCAUGGCGUACAUGGAGUCGGUCCAUCCUUCAUUCAACGUUGUCCGGAAGACGGCCUUUAUAUCCCAGUACCAGCAGUUCUUCAGUCAACCGGCCCAACCCUCACGGCGUUGGCUGGCCAUUUUAAACAUGAUCUUCGCUAUUGGGUGCCGGUAUUCUCAAACCGUGAACGGCCGAACUGAUGGCGAUUAUGGCGAUCUCGUCUAUAUGAAUCGGGCGCGGAAACUGGCCCUGGGUAAAACUCAUUUCUUUGAACAUGCCGAUCUUCAGCAAAUACAGGUUGAGUUCCUGAUGGCGCUAUAUCUCAGCAUUUAUGUUCUCCGGUAUGGCAUUCCGGCCCGCAUCCGGCUGUGGUGGUCAAUAUUCCUCCUCGAGCAUCUCCUUACGGCGAUCACUGGCCGGGUCUCUUGCGUGGGUGAAAGCCUCAGCGCCACGCCACUGCCCAUCCCGUUCGAAGAGGAGGCCUUUGGCAGGCCCGACGUCCUGCCUCUUUUCCAAGACUCCGUAUCACGUAUGAACCAGGAGGAAGCGCGUGCCAGUGUGUCCUGGCUCGCGUCCUGUGAACCCAGCCCGUCACUGCUCUUUCACUGUAUUGUGGACCUAGCUGCCAUCGGGCAGGAUAUCAUCAACAACGUUUAUAGUAUUCAAGCUCUCAACGACUUUGACAGCCAGAUUGAGCAGCAGAUCCGAAAAUAUAGCAGUAUCCUAGACAUCUGGCUUAGCAAGGUUCCCGAGGCCUACCGAUUCACCUCGGUGAACAGCGAUGAGGUAGACAUUUCGAGUGACAACAACAGCCAGUGGGAGCGAGAACGCAUUUCCCUAGCCAUGAGCUACUAUAGCACCCGCAUCAUGCUUUGCCGCCCGUGCCUCACGCACACUGGUUCGCCACUAAGCACUCGGUCUCCUAAUCCAGCAGUUGCCCAGCCUUUAUGCCCGACCUCACGCCCAAACUCCAGCAGUCGCACGCAGUUCCGCUCCAGUAUCGCUCUCAUGUGCGUUCGCUCCGCCCGCUCCCUCCUUUCAUGUCUUCCCCAAUCACCGAACAUCAUGUGGAUCACUGCAAUGACGCCUUGGUGGUGCAUCCUCCAUUACAUUACGCAAGCGACAAUCGCUAUUCUUUGGAGCACGGUCAGGGAGAUUAAGAAGGCCAUGCGCUGGCUCCACCACAUGGCAUACAGAGGUGCGGUUUCAGAACGCGCAUUCCGGCAGUGCAAAAGCAUUUUGCGGCGUAUUGCCCCGAGCCUGGGUAUUGACCUCAGUGAUCUUCCCGAUUGCAGAGACUUGCCUAAUGGUGAAAUGCAUCACACUUGA